AUGAAAGAUCGUCGGUCUUUCCGUAUCAAUGUGGACUAUGAUCAUGCGGUGCGGGUGCGUUGGACUCCGGAUGGGAGUGCGUUGGUGGUCUUCAAGUACAACGAGGGUCGUAUCGAGUUUUACAAAGUGGAUAAAGUUGGCAAUUGGUUUCAGAACCCGACCAAACAAAGCAGCUUUCCCCGUGCCCACACAGAUGACAUUGUGGGCUUUGGAGUAGCCCCGAGUGGAAAAUAUCUAAUAACAUGCACCAAUAAGACUGAAAUGGUUGUGUGGGAUGCACACGGAAAUGUACUCGAAAAGAUUGACACCUUCCUUAUAAAUACAUACUCGGCUAAGAUUUCUCCUUGUGGUAAAUUCAUUGCUGCCUGCGGGUUCACCAGUGACGUGCCGAUUUGGGAGGUUAGGUUCGACAAAUCUGGCGAAUUCCAAUCGGUGCAGAAGGCGUUCAAUUUAAACGGUCAUAAAGCAGGGAUUUUUGACAUAGCGUUCGACCGAGACACCUCAAAGGCGGUUACCGUGUGUAAAGAUGGAACUUGGAAGAUCUUCAAUAUCAACAUUGAAUAUUACAAAGGAGAGUCGGCCCGGUGUCUCAAAUCUGGCACCUAUGAACAAACAAGCGCAGCUGCGCUUGUGGCGAUUAGCCCUUUGGGUAAAGUUGUAGCUAUUGCAACUGGGAAAUCAAUACAAAUAUUCUCAGUUUCAUCGGGCUCUUUGGAAGGUACGAUUGAAAAUGUGUGCUUGGGACAAAUUACUGCAAUUAAGUUUGACCCAACUGGGAAGUGUCUGUUGGUUUGUGCGGAUCGCUAUAUUCGCAUCUUCCACAACAUUCCUGAAUUUAAAACUGCCUUAGAAAUUCCUGAAGGAAGAUUGAAGCAGACAUAG